UGUAAGUAGAAAAAUUGACCAAUCGGCAAAGAAAACGUCAGCAUGCUCUUCUCGCUAUAUAUAUAGCCUGGGUGAUAAAAGGCCGUUUGCUUUGUAUGUUGUCAUUUUCUCGUCUGACUGGUGUUUGUUGCUCACCGGACCACUAUUUGGAAACCGAUUUGUGUUUUUUUACAAAAAAGGCGUCAGUCGAUUCAUCACAUGUUAGAAAUAGUCUAAGUGGACAAAUGUUUUGAUAAAGUUUCUAAUGUGCUAGAUAUACAGAAACUUCUGAUACGAAGGCAAAGAGUGGUGGGGAAAAGGGUAAAAGAAAAUAAACAAACAAAAAUGAAUCUGAAUGAGAAAGAUGAGUCAAAGGCAGCAGAAAGUGGUGAAAAUAAUUCCAAAACAAAACCACCGAGUUCAGUUGAUUGGUCAAAGUAUGGUGUACAGCGGUGUUCUGGUUGUAAAUUCACUACAGAUGACCAUGGCUUAUUCGAUGCACACAUCUCAAUGUGUCGUUCUUUCAACAAGAAAAGGAUCGCUACAACUAAUCAGCCAGAUAAUGAAAAAAAGAAAUACAAGAAACUCCUGCUUCAACUUGAAGAGCCAUACCUGGAAGGUAAAACUCCUUCUACAACUACUUUCUUGUUACGGUGUUUCCAUUGUCGUGGCUAUUUUUCUAAAGUCACUUCUAUUAAAAAUCACCAUUCUGUAAAACAUGCAAGUAAGAAUUUAAUGUUUAGUCUUGUUCCUUUUGAGGAUAUUGUAAACCCAGAAAAAGUGACAUCAGUUCCUGUAACUGAUUCCCAUGUAGAUCAACAAAAUAUUAGCUCUUCAAUGUCUACUCCACAGCCAAGUUCUCCUAUACCUAUCACUGCUACCAAAACUGCUUGCUCAUCUCAUGGAAUCAUUCAGCCAUCUUCUGUAAAGUCAUCUUCAAUGGUGAAAAUUAUGUCUGCUGUGAAAACACCUUUGAAUCAGAUGCCUAUUGCAAAGAAAGAUAAUCUUCAGGCAUGUCAGCCAAGAAAGAGUUUUGAGGAAAAAUUCUUCAGAGAACAGUGUGUGCCGCCAGUCAAGUGACUAGACGGCCAACUGAAAUUAGAUGGAUUACCAGGACAAACUAAUUCUCUAAUUAUCAGUGAUGCCUCGACUGACACUCCAUCUCAAGAGAUGGCUAAGCAUAACAAGGAAAAAACCUCUACUGGAUCUUCAAAAAGUGAUUCACCUAUAAUUGUAUCACCUGUAACAGCUGGACCUGUUAAUCUUUCACAAAAGCAAAUGUCUUACUCACCCAAUCAGAAAAAACAUGCAACUUUUCAGAAGAAAUCUCCUGUUUUAUUGCCAAAUAUAUUACCAAAAAACUAUUUAGGUACUAUACAAACACCUUCAAACCAGAAUUUUCAAAUCGUUUGUGCUGCACCUGAAGUACAGAGUUCUGUCAAAGUUUCUGAAGCUGUGCCACCUAUUAUUAUUAAUAUUCCAAACACAACCAAUUCUUUUGGUUACCAGCCACUUCUCAUUGGAUCUUCAAACAAACAAAUACCUGUAAGUUCAGUUCCAGUCACACCUGUGACUGAAUCCUCAGCUACAAAAACAUUUGCUUCUAAUGUCCCAACAGCAACUACCACUUCUCUUGCUCCAUAUGCACUUGCAACCAAUGUUCAGGUUAAUAACCAAAAUCAAGACAUUUUAGGAUUUUUUGUUCGCCCUAAUUUGGUAACACCUACUCUACCUGUAGUUUCACCAGUUAAUACUGCCAAAUACAAAAUACUGCCAUAUGCAAAAUUCCCUCAAACUUUGGAGCCUGGUGUAAUGAAUCUUAUUGCAACUACACCUUAUUCAAACAUAUAUACUCCUGCAAGUAUCCCACCACCUAAUGUUCAGUCUAAUUCGCUAGCAACUAACCCAACUGUAGUUUCUCCUAGUGUAUCGUUGUCUAAUAAUAUUUACACAUAUUUACACAUGACUGAUGCACCUAAAACGAACCCUCCUGUGUCAAACCAAAGUGUAAUUAGCUUAAAUGUCCAUAAACCAAAUUUGAAACCAAAAUCUUCAGACAAAAAUGCUUUAAAACAUUUGAAACAGACUCCUACUACUUCCUACAACCGUUUACUCCUAAACAAUAAAACAAUUUCUAAACUACUUGGACAUAAACCUGAGAUUUAUCCAAAGCUAUUAUUCCAGCCAGGUGAAAAAGAAGAAAUGCCUGGCCAGUCAGAUUGUGGCAACAACAUUAAGGUUGAAGCAGUUUGGUCUGUUAGAGAUGUCAAGAGGAAUAUAUCAGAUGGAAAGGUUAUUGACUUAGAUUUAGUGGAGCCUUUAUCUGAUGACUAUUUGGAGUCAACUAAACUUUCUAAACAAUCACUUAGUACUUUUGAGUCUGUAAAGAAAACAUUAGCUUCUAAUGCAUAUGUGAUUGAUGAUAGUACAUUGUUUGAACCUGCUGAAAAUAAUUUAUCCAGAGUAACUGAACUUGAAUCUGGGAAGUUGAUUGUAGAAUCUCCACAUUCAAAUGUGAUAUCAAAUAAAGAGUCCACAUCUGAGGAAUCUAAUUUAGUAGUUUCUUCAAAUGUUGACAAUGUUACUAAAAUAAAAACAGAACCAUUUAAUUCAAAGACUACCUAUAUUAAUGUAAAUCUAUAUCCUAAAGAGAAAAAUGAAAUCUAUGGUGGGAACUUUUAUAUAUGUGGAUUUUCAAAUUGUUUGUUUUCUAGCCUUGUGCAAGAUGAAUUUGUAGAGCAUUUACGUUGUGUACAUAGUAAACAGAAAAAAGAUUAUGCUUGUGCACACUGUGGCCAAGCAUUUCCAGUUAUUGACUGCUUUUUAAAACACUUAUCUACCCAUGUCUCUACAGACAUGUUUCUUCUUUAUUCUUGUUCCCUUUGUGGUUUUAACACAAAUCUUAUCAAAAUGUUUGUACAACACAAUGAUUCCGUUCACUCAGAGGAGAAAGAAUUCUGCUGCGCAUACUGUGGCCUCAUAUUUCAAUGUAGUGCUGAGCUGUUGCAGCACUUGCAAUUGAACUUGCUGAAAUAUGUACACUGUCCGCACUGUGAGGCUAAAAAUAGUCAAAGACAGCAAAUUUUGAAACAUAUUCAAGUAAAGCAUCCUGGAAAGUCAAAAUGCAUUUUUGUAACUAGUCAAAUAAUAUGUAAAGAAAAACAGAGAGCCUUAAAUGAUGUUGUGAACUUGUUGUCUGAUGAGUCUGAUUGUGACUGAGCAUAGAGACACAAAUAAAACCCAUAUUUAUUAACUGCUACAGGUAAAUAUUCAGCAGAAUCUAACUUAAUUGAACAGUUAGAAAUGUUGAUAAAGUUUUUGUUUCUUGACAAGAAUCAAAAAUUGAAAUAUUUUAAGUUUUUCUCUUCUAAAAAGGAUAGUGAUAAGGUGAAAAAUUUAUAAUAUUGUACAAAAAAAGGUAAAAAAAAUGGUUUUAAUGAACACCAAAAUGUUUACAAGAAAAUAGCAAUACUGUCAGGAUAGUAAGCAUUCCAGAAACUUCUUUGUCCAAGUUUAUGUCAGAUACAGAAGCUUGGAAUCCCUAAUUUUGUUUAGUGUAGUUAUAAUGAGAGACUAAACAAGCUGGUGGUUCAUUUUGGAAUAAACAAGGAAUUUUUAGUCUUGAGGUAAAACAGCUUAGAAAUAAAGGUGCUGGGUUUUAACAAUCAACAAUGCACCAUAUUUUAUUUCUUAAUAUUAUUUUUUUUGCCUUAGUCUAUCUGAUUCACUGUAUGUUCCAUUUCUACUUAAUGGUUCAGUGUGGUAUGGUGUUGUUGACACAAAAUGCAAAUGGUCAAAUUUGCAAAAAUACCUACCGAUGCUAGCUUCCUCUUUUGCUUGCUAAGAAACUUGUAUAUGAUGACAUGAAAGAAUGCUAGUAUCAUUUUGUUUUACGAACAUUAAAAGUAAUCGCAGUUUUCAUGAAAAAAAAAAUGAAUGAUGAUGGUAAAGUAUAAUAUUCAGUCACAAAAGAAAAGGCUAAAUAUUUAUGCACUAAUACAUUAGUUUUUCUAGUACAAAACAAUUUUUGACUGAAAGGUACUUUAGUAUAUGUUUUUAUUAACCUUAAUAAUUGAGGAUUCUGAUUUAAAGUGGAACUUGGGAAUAUUCUUUGGACAUAUAAAUCAAGUUCCUCAUUUUUUUAAAGACAUUUAAGUGUCAAGAUAUGUCAGUAUAUUAUUGUGAUGUACAGAUCUGUCAUUUCUGAUUAUCCAAACUUCAAAGUCAUUGCUGUACAAAAUACAAUUCUCUUGUGACUUAGUAACUGUUUCAUAAUUGUUUUAUAGCUUAGAGAAGGGUAAGAAUACACCAAUAACGCCUUUUCAGUGCCCCCAAGGCUAAUGGGAAGAUGUUAUCUUUGGUGUAGAGACCUGGUCUGAAAAGUGGACUCGUCUGAAAUACACUGGGUAUAUGGUGUUGAUAAACUGGGCAACAGAUAUAAGAACCACCUACCAACAGAAGCAGUUCUUCCAGUUGACUGCUAAUAAAUUUCUGUCUAUCAAAUUUCACUCACAUCGCUUCAGUCAACUCCAGGUUUUGUGCAGCGGGGUUGAACUCUUAACCACUGUCAUUGUAAAACAAGCGUCUUAAACAAAUGACUAUUCUUCCUACAUCUGUUGGCCAUGAUUCUGCUAAGUUUAUUUUUCUUUGCUGACAAGACAUUGAAUUUUCAUAUCAGUAAUUAUAUAAACAAUAGAGGAUCCAGGUAAAUAGGAAUAAAUUGCAAUUAUUUGUUAAUUGUAUGUGAACUGUAAUACAUGACACAUUUUUACUGCUGUUUCUUCUUUUUUGUUUUUUUAUUAUAAAAAUGUAUUCGAUCA